GCGGCGGAGUGUCUUGUGCGGUCUCGUCUGGUCGCAUCAGGUCCGGAUCGAACCACUGCCCGACCCGUUCGCGGAGAGGAGAGGUCCCUGAUGAACCAAGGGAACCCUCCACCGUAUUCGGGCCCCGGUCCGACGGCCCCAUACCCACCAUAUCCACAACAACCAAUGGGGCCUGGGGGCUACCCUCCAGGACCUGCUGGGGGACCCUACCCACCUCCUCAGGGGUACCCCUACCAAGGAUACCCACAGUACGGCUGGCAGGGCGGACCUCAGGAGCCUCCUAAAACCACAGUGUACGUCUUGGAACGUGAAAGGAAGACGGACAACACCGGGUGUCAGGCAGCCCUGGCCGCGUGCUGGGCUGCUCUCUGCUGCUGCUGCCUCCUGGACAACUUGGACUGAGCAGCCAAGACCCAAGUGCUCCCUCCAGGCCCGCUACCUCCUGUUACUGGAAUAAACAACUAGUGCUGCACAA